AUGGUGACCUGGAAUGUCUUUCGUAUAAUCGGAGAUCUGUCUCAUGCAGGCUCAAUAUGUGUCCUGCUCUGGGCUAUCCACAAGAACAAGAGCGCCGAGGGCGUCUCACUCCUCACGCAGAUCCUUUACGGCGUCGUCUUCGUAUUUCGCUAUCUUGAUCUAUUCGAUCCCCGCACAUACAAGAGUGGCACGUGGCACAGCAUUUGGAAUGUCUCCUUCAAACUAUUCUACCUCAUCUCAUCCUCAUACCUGGUCUUCCUGAUGAUGAAGCGGGAACGAGCCUGGAAACUCGGUUUGUGGUCUGUGGCUGGGUCCCUUGUUUUGGCACCUAUCUCAAUCUGGCUUCUGGACACCGAUGAUUACAAUGCAUGGUUCAUUGAGUUUUGCUGGGCUUUCUCUAUUAUUCUCGAGUCUGUGUGUGUUCUGCCGCAGCUCCUUCUCCUUCGCCAGACCACUGUCCCGACGGUGAUCGACUCAUAUUACCUGCUUGCUCUGGGCUCCUACAGAGCAUUCUACAUUCUCAAUUGGAUUGUCCGCUUGUUCAACAAGGAGCCUUUCCAUGAUUGGAUCGCGGUCGUGUUUGGCAUUGUACAGACUGCCUUCUAUGUCGACUUUGCAUGGGUAUACUAUUCGCGCCAGCGAGUCAAGCUUCGCAAUGGUGGUGUCGUUGACUCCGAGGACUAUGGGAACAGUUGGCUAGUGAAUCGUGUGGUGAAUUUCCGAGCAUCGCGAAAUUCGGUAGACGAAGAACAGCGCCUUCGAGAUGAGGAGGAAGGGGUGGAUAGUCAACCAAACCACAACCGGUGGGGUGCUCGUGGCAUUUCCAUCGCAGCCGACGAUACCUUGGAGAGCAAUGAUCACAAUAAGGGACAUCAUCAUGAUGAUAGCUUAGAUGGGUUUUCGGGGAUGAGGACGAAACCGAUGAUCACCGGGUGA